AUGAAUUCUUCCAAAAAAAAAAUCACAAAUGAUGAUAACACUACAACUAAUCUUAAAAAAGUUUCACAGAAAUUAAAAAACAAAGAUGAUUUAAAUCCGCCCAUUAAAUCAGUAGGCGAUAAAAAUGUUAAAGACGAGAUUGAUGAAAUAUUUUCAAUGGCGAAAAGUACGACGUUAUCAACCACUGUUGAUCCAUCAAUUAAAGAAAAAGAAAAAUCGUUAAAAACUAAAGAUUUUGAAUUCAAAGUUCCAGCUAUACCAGAUAAAUCAAAAAAAAGAAAAUUGCAAGAGAAUGAUUUAAAAAUCGUUCCCUCAUCUUCACAUACCUCUUCACAUGCCUCUUCGACUUCAUUGACUGAGAUUGACUCUUCGAAGAAAGAAUUUAUAUUUAAAGUUCCUGCUAUACCUGAUAAAUCAAGAAAUAAAAAAUUACGAGAAAACGAUACGGACGGAUUUAGCGAUUCAAGAGGCACAAAGAGUCGAAAGACAACGGAAGAUGGUCUUGCUGUUUAUGAUAUUAACGAAUUAAAUAUUGGUAAUGGUGGAGGUAUGAAAUCCACAUGA